CACCGGCGACGGAUCUUCCUGAAACACGUUCCUCACGCAGAAGUCAGCCUAUCACAGGCGGCGAUACAUGGCCGGUAGCCGGAUGUACCCGUGGGGUAAUUAGCUACGUCAUUGUUCACCACCGGACACCCGCUGGAAAUAAGAAAUGGAUUUAAAAAUGGUAUUAACGUGUUCAUAACAGUACAGCUUGAAAAAUUUUCUGUCUGUCCCAAAAGCAGCUAUGAACAAUGACCAUAGUUGACAGAUCGUCAGAGAAGUCUGACCACGAGUCAGUCGGGUUUAACCGAUCCUCCUUCGCCAGUGGAGACGUGGGGAUGGAUGGCAGUUGUUCCAGCAGCUGGGCUGUGGGUCCCACAAUGUCAAGUGACUCUCCCAGGCUCAAGUCUCCAGGAGGCUGUCUGGGUCCGACCCCUGGUGCUGCUGUCUACAAUAGCACUCCCUCCUCUAUGGACCGGCCCAAGGACCAAGUUCUAAGCAGUGGGGAUGGGAUAGACUCGCCCCAGAAGGUCCUGUUCCAUCCAGAGCGGCUCAGCCUGAAGUGGACCCAGGUCCACCGUGUUGGUGCUGGCCUGCAGAACAUGGGCAACACCUGUUUCCUCAACUCAGCCCUGCAGUGUCUCACCUACACCCCCCCACUGGCCAACUACAUGCUGUCAAGGGAGCACUCCAAAACAUGCCACGAACCGGGGUUCUGUAUGAUGUGCACCAUGCAAAACCACGUCAUCCAGGUUUUUGCCAACUCUGGCAAUGUCAUUAAACCCAUCGGCGUCCUCAAUGAGCUCAAGAGGAUUGCAAAGCACUUCCGCUAUGGAAGCCAGGAGGAUGCACACGAGUUCCUGCGAUACACAGUGGACGCUAUGCAAAAGUCCUGCUUACCUGGAGCCAAAUUGGACCGGCAAACGCAGGCAACCACCUUCAUCCAUCAGGUUUUUGGCGGGUACCUUCGCUCUAGAGUGAAAUGUUUAAACUGUAAGUCUGUCUCUGACACAUUUGACCCUUUUCUGGAUAUCACUCUGGAAAUUAAGACGGCUCCCAGCGUCUCCAAAGCUCUGGAGCAGUUUGUGAAGCCGGAGCAGCUGGAUGGUGAAAACGCUUACAAAUGCACCAAGUGCAAAAAAAUGGUCACAGCCUCAAAGAGAUUCACCCUCCAUCGCAGCCCCAACGUGCUCACCCUGUCACUCAAACGAUUUGCAAACUUCACAGGAGGAAAAAUCACAAAGGAUGUUAAAUAUUCAGAAUACCUGGACCUGCGGCCCUUCAUGUCUCAGUCUCAAGGGGAGGCCCAGGUCUACGGGCUGUAUGCUGUUCUGGUCCACUCUGGAUUCAGCUGUCAUGCUGGACACUACUUCUGCUAUAUUAAGGCUAGCAACGGUCAGUGGUAUCAGAUGAACGACUCCUCUGUGUCUGUGAGCGACAUCCGGUCUGUCCUCAACCAGCAGGCCUACGUUCUCUUCUACAUCAAGUCCUCUGAUGUGAAGAAAACGGCAGACUACGGUAACUUAGGUCACAAUAACCCCGGCGUCUGUGGCCAGUCGUCUCCAAGGCCUGUGGCGGCCCCGCGCGUCCACAACAGCCUGGGCUUCAUUGGCCCCCAGUUACCACCUCACAUGACCAAGAGCUCUCCCCAUGUGAACGGGAAUGGAUCUCUGAAGGAAUAUCCCUCCAGUUCCAAGGCUGGAACCAGCAGCAGUGCAGUCGGAAAGCCCGGCCACGGACCGGCCACUUCCUCCAUUUCCCACUCCGUCAGCCGCCCUACAGCGAUCCCAGAGCAGGAGAAGCGACAGAAGCUCUCAUUUUUCAUCGGGCAGGGCAAACAGAACCGACCCUACUCUUCAUCUUACAGCCAGCCGUCCUCUGCCAGCAGCUCCUCCUCUUCCUCACAAUCUACCUCAGAGGUUUGCUUCGUUCCGCGUCAGCUGAACCAUGUUAAUGGCACGUCUUGCAGCAAUGGGGAUCACUCCAACGAGAACGGAUCGUCUUUCCUUGUUCCGUACAGCCAAGAGUCUUCGGAAGAAUCGGAUCAGGAGAACUGUGGCUCUGUGGAAAAUGGCUGCUUAUCCAAGGGUCCGUCUAUGGAAAAUAACACGGAAAGUAUGUGUUCUGCUAAAAAACCCGAUGGUGAUUCAGAAGUGCAUCAGAACGGCCGUGAAGUAAAUGGACCAACACAAGGAGUCUCUAAACCCACCCAGAACGGGCACGCUCACGGACACCCCGGUGUGAACGGACACAGCACACUUGAAGAGAGCUGCGUCGGUAACCACAGCAGCCCAUCCUCCAUCAGCACUAACGGACUCAGCACUGACCACAGUCAACUAAACAGAGAAAGGCCAGACCCUGCUUCAUCCCAGGCCAGUUCUUCCCAGGACGUUCAACCUGCUGCUAAAGAAAGCGGGCUCUUUCCUGCUGCCGACUCCAGGGCUAAAACAUCGUCUGAACCUCUGCCUCACCACGCACCAUCUUCUGCUGCCAGCUCCCCACCUCCAGCUACAAACGGUGUUCUCUCCCAGCAUCUUGAGAAGACAACGGUUUUAUCCUCACAGGCAGAUGGCUGCCAAAGCUCCAGGGGGUUGGGUGUUCCUCAGAAGGCUAGCAGAAGUGAGGAUGAAUCCAAGGAUUCCCCACAGACCAACGGUCCAUCAGCAGGAACUGAAGGACCAAUGGAAAGUGAAGGGAUGUCUAAACCCAGCUCUAGAGGUAACAAAAGGCCGCUGUCCCCAGACAAGGAGAGGCACAGAUCCUACUCUGACUUUGACAGAGACAGACACUACAGAAGCAGGAGUCCAACCAGAGAUGCUCACAGUGACCGUCAUCGGUACAGGCGGGACCACAGGAAUCACUACCGCCCUUACAGGGAUCGGUUAGCCCCUCCUGAGCAUAAAUACAGAGACUGGGAGCAUGAGCGUCGCCGAGACCGAACCGUCCCUCACCACUGGGAUCAUGAGCAGGGCAGACGCUCUUAUUACUACAGCCACCACCGAUUUGAUGUGGUCCACGAGCAGAGGGGACACCCCUACCGCGAUGACUCCCACAGUCGGUGGAGGUGGCAGCAGUACAGUCGAGAGUCCAGAGCUACAAAGGACAAAAGAAACGGCCGGGACAAAGACUAUUACCGCUCAAAGGAGAGGAGCUCUUCCCCCGCUGUAACAAACAAGUCCAAGCCCCCCCUCCCACAGGCUCGCCCCUCCCACUGCGAGUCAUCUCUGAAGAAGGAGGAGCAGAGGGACAGCAGGUCUGCUGAUCACACCAGGAAGGAGAGGGACAACAGCUCUGAGGCUCACCGCUCCAAAAGACAUAAAAAAAGCAAGAAGAAGUCUAAAGAUAAAGAGCGGCAUCACAAGAGCGGCUCAGACGUAGACUCGGACCGAGUCACUGACACACGAAAAAAGAAGAAAAAGAAGAGGAGGCACCGGGACAGCGACUCCGAGCCAAGGAGUCCAGACGCAGCUCGAGGUCACAACAGCAGGAGCAGUGAAGAAGGGGAGAGUCGUAAACGGCAUCACUCUCAGAUGAAGGACUCUAAAUACGACCGUGGCUUUACACCCGAAAAACGCAGCCGCACAGACUUCAGCGAGGACCGCCUACUCCUUCCACACCACAACCCGCCUCCAGACGAUACACCUCACCACCACCUGAACAGAUACACAGGAAACGGUUCCAGCAGAACCGGCAGCAACUCCAAUGGUUACAAACACUGAUCUACGCAUCUAAACCAUCUGACAACAGCAGAGGAAUGAUAUCCAGAACUUUCUGACGUGGUGCUUCUUCACUGGAAAUGAAACAUUUUACCAGAACAAGUGUUUUAAAUGUGCAAAUAUACCUUCGUCUGUUUUGUUUUCUCACCAUAACUCUUCUAAGGUCUAAAAGAAAACCAUCAGUUCUGAUGACAGAUAUUAAUAUAUAUAUACCAGUUUGAAUACAAACAAAGCCUGGAGCUUAAAUAUCUCAGUUGCUGCUCAGUGGAACUCAGGACUUGUGAACUUUCUACCAUCACCCAGUUUUCCAUCUGCUUCAGACCAGAGUGAAGCUAAGGGAGACGUGCGAUGCAGCGUGCUGAGUGAAGGUGUAGGAUGUCACCGUAUCUGCAGAGCUGCCAUGUUUUAGGUUUUAUUUGUUGUUGACCCCGCUGCGUGUGGGCAGAUGUUUAUGAAUGAGGCAGACAAGUGCGGUGCUGACUGACACCACCAUGGGAACCCUGGACAGACUUGAGGACAUUUCUCAGAUUUUGUUGAUGUUUUUGUUGUUGUUUUAAACGCAUCUUGGUGUUUGACGCCUAAGAUUCACUUUUUAAAACGGUCUGCAGAGCUCUCUCCGUCUGCUUCUUUCCUCCUCUUCUUUUCAUGCAUUCCAUGAUGCAUUCAAAAAAGUUUUUUAAUCAUGGCUGUGGACCAUUGUUAGACCUUUAUUUUGUUAACGACACAUACAGUUUGUUUCUUCUAGUAUCAACAAAAAAUACUGUGAAUUUGAUUUGAACUGUAUUAUCAGUUACUCUUCUAAAAAUCCUGCAUCAGGAUUCUUUUGUUUUUAGGGAUCUUGUGUUAAUUUUGACGAUGUUCUCUGGAGGUUAGUCAGUAGUGAGUAUGAUUAGCCUGAACGAGUUUCCUUUCAAUUUCUCAACCCUAGACAGGCUGAGAAAACUGCUCUUCUACCUUUCUGUUAGCAUGUCUGAAUUUAUACGUUGUAUAAGGUAAAGGCCUUAAAUGCAUUUGUUAAUGUCAGAAAUUGUAAUUCUUUUGUCCUUGGACUUUGUUUACAAUCUGUGUUGAUGAAUGAAAAACGGUGGUUGAGA